AUGUCACUACAAGUAAUGGAUCAAAAUGAUUUUCAGCAUAUACUGAGAAUCUUGAACACAAAUGUUGAUGGAAAGGAAAAGGUUAUCAUUGCCCUAACAGCCAUAAAGGGAAUUGGAAAAAGGAUGGCCACUGUAAUUUGUAAGCAGGCCAAUGUGGACGCAACUAAAAGAGCUGGAGAACUCACAACUGAGGAAAUUAAUAAUAUCGUACAUAUAAUGAAUGCUCCAUCACAAUUCAAAAUCCCAGACUGGUUUUUAAACCGAAGGAAGGAUUUAAAGGAAGGAAAAAAUCUGCAUGUUAUUGCUAACCAACUGGAUUCAUACUUACGUGAAGAUUUAGAAAGAAUGAAAAAAAUCAGAUUGCACAGAGGUUUACGUCACCACUGGGGAUUAAGGGUUCGAGGUCAACAUACCAAAACUACUGGACGAAGAGGAAGAACUGUUGGUGUUUCCAAAAAGAAGGGAGCGUAA